UCCUACGAAAACGACUACCGCGCCGUGUCUCCAUACUAGUCUCUGGCUCCGGCAGAUUUCGGCGCGAGCAGUUGCAUUUGCGACUACCUAUCAAGUAGAAGGUGUACAUUUCAUUUGUGCUGUAUCAUCAUUUAGUAUCGAUUAUUAUUCUAUUAUUUUGAUGUAUCAAUGUCAAGUUUAUUCUAUUUUUCAUUUUUUCGAUUUAUUGCUUAACAUUAUUAUUUAUUACUAUUAAUUUCAUAUUCUGGUAUAAUUUAUUCAUCUUAUUAGUAAAUUAUCGUCAAUAAAAACAAAAAGGUGUGAAUGUGAUCUCGUACAUGCUGCGCUCCAUCUGAUGCGCGAUGAGAAAAGUGUCAGCCGCAAAACAAGUUUUAACGUCUAUUAAAGCGAAUGAGUUCAUUUGUGCGGGAUAUCCAGUAUAUUUACGUCUUCUACUCAUUACAGCCGUCAUAAACGACAUACAGAGCUAGACAAAAUGGAAAACGCAGAAGAUGUGAAGACAAUAGUAGAAUUAUAUAUUUAUGAUCUUACCAAGGGGCUUGCUUCUAUGAUGUCUAGGCUCGUUAUCGGUCAACAUGUAGAAGGUAUAUGGCAUACAGCUAUUGUCGCUUACGGAAGAGAAUAUUUCUUUGGACCAUCUGGAAUACAAAGUGCUCGACCUGGUGGUACAGUAUUAGGAGAACCGCUUAAAGUGGAAAAAAUCGGAGAAACAUAUUUGCCAUAUUCUCUCUUUUUUGAAUAUAUAAACGGUUUGGGAACAUCUACAUUUGCCCCAGGUACUUACAAUCUUUUUAAACAUAACUGCAAUAGUUUUACAAACGAAGUCAGUAAUUUUCUAGUGGGCCAAGAUAUUCCGAAAUAUAUUCUCGAUUUACCCGAAGAAAUACUUAAAACACCAAUUGGACAACAAGUUGGAGGUCUUAUAGAAGGUUUAUCUAACAGUUCAAAUAAAUCAUAUAUAGUUGGUCAAACAUUCCUUGAAUCAAGAAAUCAUAGAGAAGUUUCACCGGAAUUUCAGCUAUUAAAUGAAGCUAUUGAAGAAGCAAGAUUAAAUUCAAUUGCAUUAGAAGAAAGGAGAAACGAGAUUAACGAAAAACUUGCGAAGAAAGAUAGAAAGAAAAAAAAGAAGAAGAAGGAUAAAAGGCAAAAAGGAAAUAAAGAUAGUGCAAGCGAUAGUAAUAGUACCGAUCCUAGUAAUUAUACACAUAUGGCAGAAAGCGAAAGUGCAGUAAGUUUGAGCGAAAUGCAGGCUUCAAAUGGCGAAAGUACAGAAGUGUUACCAUCGGACAAAGUUAUGCAAAUGGAGGAUGAGGAAAAAAAAGAACAAGAAGAAAGGAAACGUCAUCGUGAUCCUCCUAUUGUAUUUAAGGAUGUAAUAGAUAUCAAAGAGGAAUAUCAAGCAUUAAUCAAAGUGUUAGAAGGAAAAUUAAGUGAAGAAGAACAAAUGUGCUUAAACGAACUUCGACAAUAUGUUUUAGAGAACGAAGGUUCUUGGGCUCUCGGAGACAAUUUUUUAAAUUUUGUAGGACGAAUUCUAUAUGAUAAAUCUUUGCUAAAUGAUGCAAGGGUAAAAUUAUUGAAUAUAUUAUCUGUUGCUGCAUUAAAAGACGAUGUAAUCCUUUUAUUACAUCAGGAUAGAAGGGAACAUAUAAUUAUGAAUUAUGCUUUCGAUAUUGAUCGUCAUCCCCAGGAAGAACAACUUCCCCUUGCACAAUUUUUGGCAAAUAUGUUCGAAAAUCUUAGUAGUUCGGAAUGGCUUUUAUAUAUAUCGGAAUGGCAACAUCAAACUCAAAAUAUAAGUAACAUAAGAGUAACGACCAAAGUCGCAGUACAUUCAUUGCUUUCAAAUUCGAUCGACUUGCAGAUUCGUGGCACCGCUAUUAUUCACAACCUUGCCUGCAAGGAGAAAAUGAACAAAAGCAAAAAUCUGCGGCGACUUUUACCAAAAGGCAGCAUUUCUAAGGUAUUCGAUGAUGUUGCUGUAGAAUUGACAAUGGCAUUAUUGCAAUACUUCAAUGGUAGUCCUGCUGAAGAACAGUUAUAUGCCUGUAUGAAAUCAUUGGCACGUUUUACGCAAAUUAGUGGCCAAGAUGUACCACAGCUUAUACAAAUGAUUGGACCAGAACCAAACAAAUUUCGUGGAACAUCUGAAAGAAUCGACGAGCAAAUCGAUCAAGUUAACAAGAAAUUGCGUUAAACAUAAAACAUAAUUCGAUAUAAUUUUAUUAAUAAUCGUUAAAUUCCAAACGAUGCAAUUGAAAAUGAUUAAUUAUAGUAUAUAAUUGAAUUUUUACAUAGAAAUUUUAUUAAAAUUAAAUAGUAUAUUAUUAAAAUUUUUAUUAGUUAUUCUUAUCAUUCAUUAUUAUUAUUAUAAUUAUAUUGUCAUUACUAAAAAUUUUCAUAUUUUUACUCAUAAAAUAAAUUUUUUUGUGUAAAGUAUUUUAUUUAUCUGUAAAACUAAGAAAGUUAUUUAAAUAUAUGAGUUUAUUUAAUUCAAUAUUAAAAUAAUGACAUUUAAUGUUAUUGUAUUUAAUUAAAUAUGUAUAUAAGUAUUUUUCAAAACAACAUAUACAUAUCAAAAUAUCGUUAUAAUUUAUUUAUGUAAAAUAUAAUAAAAUAUGAUAUCUAA